AUGCUGUUCAUUACUCUCCAGCUGAUCCUCUGGUGGUGCUACGGCAUUGCCCUCGCGCUGCUAACUGAUGCACCUGUGGUCGUGGAGUGUCCACCUGGUAUUCCAGAUGGUUGGAUCCAAGGCGAUAGAGCAAAUCCGAACGAAGCCCUGAGACUGCAUCUCGCUGUCCAUCAGCCUGCAAUGAGUGACUUUCAUCAAUUGCUCGUCGACAUCUCCAGCCCUGAUCACUCUGCUUAUGGUCAACACCUCACCAAGCGUGACGUGGAGGAUAUGUUGCGCCCAAAUGUGGACACAUCCAAGGCAAUCAUGAACUGGCUAGAGGGCGCAGGCAUCCCUGCUGUAAAGAUCAAGGACGAAGGACACUGGAUCAUGUUCAAUGCAUCAGUUCUGAUGGCUGAGACCUUGCUCAACACCCAAUUCCACUACUUCCACCACGAGGAUAUUACUCUGCUGCGGACUCUACAAUACUCGGUUCCCCCAUCCCUUCGAAGUCUUGUCGACAUGAUCCAGCCUACCACUCGCUUUGGCCGACCUCAUCCACAAGUCAGCCUGUUGACGGAAAACAAGAGAGAUGAAAUCCCGUCCCCUUUCAUUGACAAUGCUCAGUUGCAAGUGUACGAUCCAGUCUUCUGCAACACAACCAUUACUCCGGAGUGCAUCCGAGGUCUCUACAAGAUGAGCGACUUCUCCGCCUCUCCGAAAGGAGCCACAAGACUGGGAAUAUCUGGCUACAUCGAACAAGGCGCUUACUUCAAUGACUUGAAGACGUUCAUCGAUCUGACAGCGCCCACUCUAAACGAGGCCAGAUUCUCCAUUGUUGGCAUCGAGAACGGUGUCACUGAUCAACAGAAUGUCAACCGAACCGCGGAAGCAGAUCUUGAUGUCGAAUAUGGCGUGGCUCUAGUGCGAGGCACGCAAGUGGUGUACUACUCAACCGGCGGCAGAGCGCCAAUUGUCCCUGAUCUCGAUCAGCCAUCAGCCUCCAAUGGCACAAACGAGCCGUACCUGGAUCAGCUUCACUACCUGCUGAGUCUCGAAGAUAAGGAUCUGCCAGACGUGCUCUCCACUUCAUACGCGGAAGACGAAGAGAGCGUUCCUUACGACUAUGCAGUGCAGGUGUGCAAUCUGUUUGCUCAGCUCGGUGCUCGUGGUGUCUCCGUCAUCUUUGCAAGUGGCGACACCGGCGUUGGCAGUGCAUGUCAAUCCAAUGAUGGGAAGAAGACAACUCGCUUUUCACCCAGUUUCCCUGCUACAUGCCCUUUUGUGACCGCAGUUGGAGGCACCUACGCUAUCAACCCUGAGAUCGCCGCCGCAUUCUCUUCAGGAGGGUUCUCGUUCUACUUUCCUCGUCCGGCGUACCAGUUCCUUACCAUGGAAGGCUAUCUCAAGCAACUCGGCGACAAGAACAAGGGUUACUUCAACAGCUCGGGCAGAGGAUAUCCAGAUGUAUCAGCGCAAUCUGUCAAUUACCUCAUCUGGUCCAAUGGUGUGCCCAAUUUUGUGUACGGCACCAGCUGUGCAGCUCCGACGUUUGCCGCCAUCAUCAGCAAUCUCAACAACAUGCGGCUUGCAAGCGGCAAGACAAAACUCGGCUUCCUCAAUCCGUGGCUGUACACUCAGGGCCAGCAAGGGUUUACGGAUAUCACGCUUGGAGCUUCGCGUGGCUGUGCUGGAACCGACAUCUACACUGGUCGACCGGCCGGGAAGAUCACGGACGCACACUGGGAGGCCAUUAAGGGAUGGGACCCGGUGACUGGCUUCGGCACGCCCGACUUUGAGAAAUUGAGCAAGAUGGUGGGAUAA